UCCGGAAGAUGGCGACUGCUGUGGCUGCAGUUCCUCCACAUCCUGAAAAGGAAAACUGUGAAACAACAAUUCAAAAGGUUGUGAGUCCUGAAGCUUACAUCAAACAUCCGUUACAGAACAAGUGGGCUCUUUGGUUUUUCAAAAAUGACAAAAGCAAAACAUGGCAAGCAAACCUUCGUCUCAUCGCAAAAGUUGACACGGUUGAAGAUUUCUGGGCACUUUAUAAUCACAUUCAACUAUCAAGUAACCUGAUGUCUGGCUGUGACUACUCUCUGUUUAAGGAUAGGGUGGAACCCAUGUGGGAGGAUGAAAGGAAUCUGCGGGGGGGCCGCUGGCUGAUAACGCUCUCCAAGCAGCAACGCAAAUCAGACCUGGACCGGUUCUGGUUGGAGACGCUCUUGUGUCUGGUGGGUGAGGCGUUUGAUGACCACAGCGACGAUGUCUGCGGAGCCGUCAUUAACAUUCGAGCUAAAGGAGAUAAAAUAGCCAUCUGGACCACAGACUUCGAGCACAAAGAGGCCGUCACACACAUCGGGCGAGUGUACAAAGAGCGGUUGGGCGUCCCGCCUGAUGUGAUCAUCGGUUACCAGUCCCACGCAGACACGGCUACAAAGAGCAGCUCCACCACCAAGAACAAGUUUGUCGCCUGACGGCCGUAUUCUCCUGCCGCUGCACCGUCAAGACACGCACGCACAAAUGUUCGAGUCUGUCUUUUGUUUGACACUUUACCAAAACUUUUGUUUCUUGUAAUUAUAUAAACGAUAAAAUGUAGCAUUGAGUUGAAAUGGUUAAAUCCAUUAUUUUGACAGAAGAUUUAUGUGUGAUUUACUUUAAUAUUAAGGGUGAUGGUCAAAACAAGUCACUUUCUAAGUUGAACUAUAGGAAUAAACAUGUUUAAAUGCACAAAACUCCAAAAUAUUUUGUUUAA